AUGAAUUUUGCUACUUUAAAUGUUAGAGGUUUGGGUGUUCAAGCAAAGAAGUCUUGGUUUAGGGGAUUAAGGUUGGAACAACAAAUUGGGUGUGUUUUGUUUCAAGAAACAUUUUGCAAUAAUGUUGGGGCUAAACAAAUUGAGGGUUUUUGGGGUAGAGGUUGUUUUGAUUUCGCUUCUGUGGAUCCUACUGGGAGGUCAGGAGGUUUGAUAACCAUGUGGGAUACAUCCAUUUUCUGCUUGCAACCGAUAAUAAGCAAUCGGAAUUUGUUGGUUUGCUCUGGUCAUAUUGUGGGUAGUGGGGAGACUAUAAACAUCAUUAACGUGUAUGCGCCACAGGGUGAUGUGGAGAAACGCCAUUUAUGGUCGGUUUUGAUUAGUAUUAUUAGAGGUUCUAAUGGAUUGUGGAUCGUGGGAGGGGAUUUCAAUUCAGUUCGCAAUGAGCAUGAACGAAGGAAUUCUAUUUUCAACCCAGCUGCAGCUAGAGACUUUAAUGACUUUAUAGAAGACGCGGGAUUGCAUGAAUUGUGGCCUUCGGCGGAAUAUAGAGUUCUUCCGAAAGGUCUCCCAGAUCAUUGUCCGGUGGUUCUUAAGACAUUUUCAACUAACUUUGGCCCGAAGCCAUUCCGCUUCUUUAAUUCGUGGUUAGACAGGGGCGAUUUUGAGGAUGUCAUUUUGAAGGCAAAUAGUGAUUUUCAGGGUUAUGGGCUGCCCGAUUUGAUGUUAUUGCAAAAGUUUAAAUUCUUUCGCAGCCGUAUUAAUGAUUGGAAGAGUCGCACCAACCAUAAAGAAUUAGAAGAAACCAUGAUCUUAAAGAGGAGAUGGACAUGUUUGAUACGAUUCGGGACGACAGAGAUUUGA